AUGGCGACGAAGGUGAGCUUGGAGGGGAAGAGAGUGGUUCUGGUUCCGUACAUGGCGGACCAUGUCCCAAAGUACCACCACUGGAUGCAGGACUCGGCGCUUCUCCAAGCUACGGGCUCUGAGCCGUUGAGUCUCGAGCAGGAGUAUGAGAUGCAAAUCUCUUGGACUCGAGAUCCCAAUAAGCGGACUUUCAUUGUGUUGGACAAGGAUUUCAUUAAGGGAGAAUUGGCUCAUGGUGAACCUCAUGUACAAGCCAUGACGGGUGAUGUAAACAUUUACAUGAACGAUGCGGAUGAUCCUAAGGUUGCAGAGGUCGAAAUAAUGAUAGCUGAGCCCCGAAGCCGUGGUAAAGGACUAGGAAAAGAAUCUGUCUUGAUGAUGAUGGCUUAUGCUGUCAAGAACUUGGAGAUUCACAAGUUUACAGCCAAGAUUGGGGACUCAAACACAGCUUCCCUCAGCUUAUUCCGCAAAUUGGGUUUCGAGGAGUCUUCUUACAGUAGUAUAUUCAAAGAGGUUACUCUCGAGUAUAUGGUGACAAAUCUCCGUCGAGCAGAGCUCUUGAAGUUAUUGGAUGAAGUUAUCACACACACUCAUUGGUUGGACAACCAAUCAGAUUCGCUGCUAACAGGAGAAACUAUUGCAUAA